CUUGUGGCAAAGUUAUUCCCAAUGCGACACAGGAAGUGACUCGGAAAGGAUGUACUCUGACGAAAAGUGCUCACCUCCGGUUUCAAGCCACACCAAGGCCAUCUUAACCAUCAACAGCUUCGAGAAGGGCGGGGAUGGGGGCGGACCAUCGGAGUGUGAUGGCCUGUACCACUCCAAUAGUCUCCAGAUUGUUGCCCUGUCGACGGGAUGGUUCAACCACAGGAGCGGAUGCCAUCGGAACAUAAUCAUAAACGGGAAUGGGAGGAGCGUGAGGGCCAUGGUGGUGGAUAAAUGUGAUUCCAACAGGGAUGUGCUAACAAUAUCGUUGAUGCAUCCCGGGCCGUGUGGGAAGCGUUGGGUGUCCCGCUGCACAGUGAUAAAUGGGGUCGGAUGGAUGUUACUUGGUCCGAUGCUUGAUCAGUCUCGUAAUGCUGCUAAGCUUGAUGUUGUUGGGCUAUCUUUAAUUUGUUUACAAUACAGUGCCGGUGAUACAAUAAAUCUGCUAAACAUGUAAUCCUUGUUCUCUGUGGAGUGUACACUAAUAAAUCUAUUGAAAAUACCGUUUACUAGAUAUUUUGUUC